GUAAAGCGAAACUUACAAUUGCGGUAAAUGUUAUUGGUAAACUGGUUACGGUUGUUUUUAUUUGGUAGCUAUAAGUAUGUUUUAACAUAUUUAUUUGCGCUACCACACAAACAUCAAGGUGACAUUCCGCACUCCACAGCACCGUACCAGCACUUUGCCAAUAAAAUACAACCAGGACGGAAUGUUCUGGUAUCGGCAAGUGAGCUGUGGAUUGCACUGCAAAGAACCGGCAAAAAUCCGACCAGGACCGAAGCGAAGCAAUACUGGAGCAAAUACAGCGACAACAAUAAAGUUCUGGAUUUCGAAACCUUUAAAGAAAUUUCCAAAAGCAUUCCCAAUACAACACAGGAUGAAUUCUUCAAGGCUGUACGUGCUUUGUACGGCAAAGAAAAUUAUCUUGUUCCUUCGGAAAGUCUUCGUGAGCUUUUGACAUCUGGACCAGAGUCUCUUCCUCUGGAUGAAAUCGAUCGAAUUAUCUUAAGUCACACUAAUAGCGGCCAUGUGAACCUCCUUGAGCUAUGGACUUCGUUCGAGCAAACUGCAGAGCAAUGCGCUGGAAUUCACGAUGGUCAUUUGAUCGCGGAUCGUCGUCCAGUUGGUUCGUUCCGCGAGUCAUUCGAACAAGUGAUCAGCGCCUACACUAAACGAGUGCCAAGGGAUUGCGCUUGCAUCCACGCGCGCGGCUUUAUGGUCUUCGACGAUGCCAGUCAUCUUUUUGCGCAUCAGUAUGAUUUGUACUUAAGCGAAGAUACGGAAUUAACUGUGUCCAUACAAUUGGUCUCAUUGCCACUCUUAAAUCCAAGUAUUGACCCGGCAUUUAAUAAUAUUGAUGCCGAACUGUUUUUACUGCGGGACGCCGAUUCCAGUGGUCAUAAAAAGUUAACGGCAUUCACCAACGUAGCAGACGCUGAAAAGUGUAGAUUCACAUUUCGCACCAAAGCCGCUAAGGGUCAGUACACGUUGGUUCCAUUUACCACAGGAGCUUGGUUUUCUUCGCAACCACAGCUACAGUCGACAACCAAUCAUCACAAUGAAGAUGCACCAGAUUCGGAUCAUUCCACUGGAAUUCCGCUUUACCAUUUGGGAGAUGGGGAACUGUUAGAGCUAUCUGAGGAAUAUUCAAAUGCAUUGGAGGCGGUAUUUGAGUUAACCGAUCUGGAUGGGAACGACAACAUUAGCAGAAAUGAAUUCGAUAUUUUUGCAAAGCGAUCAACGGGAGAUAUUGUAAGAGACGACGAUUGGAAUGUCGUAACAACUAGUUUUCCCGUUCACAACGACCAGCUGACUCGGGAUGGAUUUAUGAAGCUUCACAUCAACGAAGCCACAGAUUGUGCCAAAAACGAUGAUGUUACCGAUAUGUGGAUCAUGUUGGAAUCGAUGGGAUUCAACAGGCAACUAGUUCUGAAUAGAACAAUGCCAUUCGUUGUAUUUUUGACUGCAUCGAACUGCAAUCCGCGCAUAACACCUACCGAGAUGAAACUAGUCACAACCACUUCCGAAAAAGCUAUCAUUCGUACGGCAUCUGAACUUGGAGUGGCGCAGGAUAUCGGAGAAGAUGUCAUAAUGUAUAAGGUCACCAAUGGUCUCCGCGUUAGUUUGGUUGUGGAAAACAGGGGUGCGAAAACUCAGUUUGUGGAGUGCGAUGUCAAAGAAAUGGAAAACUGUCGGCCCAGUAAAAAAUUGCCGCUGGAAAUGACGAUUCCUCCCAAGAAAACAAGUUUAAUUAUUCAUUUCGUGCCCAUCCAUAAGCAGAAUCCUUGGCGAGUAAAUACUAAAGAAGCCGUUAAGGUUGUGUAAACCAUUUCUGUCUAUUGUUAGACGAACAAAAAUUACUCGCGCAGAUGACAUUGUAUGAUGCUGUUAUGGUACCAGUAUAUAAAUUAUUAUAAAUUCUAGUCAAUAAAUGAACAUAUCAGUACAGUACCCUCGCCGUAAAAUUAUACUAACAUUGGGGCGUAUAAAUUAAGGCGUAAACAUCAUACCUUCAGU